GAGAGAGAGAGAGAGAGAGAGAGAGUAGAACUACCGUUGUGGCCUUGUUCGGCUUCAAACACUUUUCAAACUCUAUAUAUUAUUCUUCUUGAAGUUUCCUCGAUCUAAGCUCAAGAAACCCUAAUUAGCUCAAUACAGUAGAGACGAGUAUACGUAGCAGCGAUUCAGUGUAAUUAGCUCCAACUGGCUGCUGGAAAUCUAUGUUUAUAUAUUUUCCGCAAGUUCAUAGGGAAAAAUGUCUAGUCCACAAGCACAAUGUGUACCUGCCCCAGCUGGGAUCCAAAUGGCGGCAGCAAAUGGCGUUCCGGCUGCUGGAAAUGUAAUCAUCGGCAUUGCGGCACCGAUUCAACCGAGGCAUCCUUCGCGUCAUCUACUAGAAAAUACCAACAGAGAGGCAUACUUGGACUUGUGUAUGCCCCUUUACAAAGCUGCAAUGGAAGGCAACUGGGAAACCACCAAAGGCAUCUUAAAUAUCAAUCCGGCACUCUUAACUGCUAGCAUAACAAAAGGAUGGCAAACUGUUCUGCACGUUGCAGCAGGAGCAAAGAACAAUAUUCAGAUUGUGGCAGAACUAGUCAAUAUGAUAGAUGAAGACGACUUGGCACUUCAAGACAUUAAAGGAAAUACGGCACUGAGCUUUGCCGCUGCAGCUGGAACCGUAGAAAUUGCCGAUAUUUUGAUACGAAAAAAUAGGUUCUUGCCAACAAUUCCAGGUGGCGAAGGAAUGACCCCACUUUAUAUGGCUGCUUUGUUAGGACAGUCUGAAAUGGCAACGUAUUUAUACCCAAAAACGUAUAAAAUGUUGGAUGAAAUGGGCCGUAACGUUCUUUUUUUCUGUUGUAUAGAUCAUGGUCUUUAUGAUUUAGCCAUGAAGUUGCUACAAGGUGAUAGAACAUUAGCAACGGCCCGUAAAAGCGACAAAGAAACGGCCCUGCAUGUCUUAGCUCGAAAGUCUUCAGAAUUUGGUGAUCAAAGUACUCCAGGAAUGUGCAGAAGACUUAUCAAAACACUUAAAGUACUCCCAGGGAUGAAUGUUUCUUACAAAAGAAACUUGAAGCAAACUCAAGCCCUGAAACUAGUCGAACGCCUUUGGAAAGAAAUGUUGAAACAUGAUGAUGACGAAGUCAUGCGUCUGAUAAGAGAACCUUCAGAAUUAGUAUUUGACGCAGCGAAAUUAGGAAAUUAUGAGUUCUUAUCUGUGCUUAUUGGCUUUUAUCCGGAAUUGCUAUUAGAAUAUGAUGACAACAAUCGAACUAUAUUCCAUAUUGCAGUCUUGCAUCGUCAUGCAAGUAUCUUCAAUCUCGUGCAUGUGACAGGCUCCAUCAAAGAUAUCAUAGCAACAUUUACUGAUGAUGAGAAUAACAACAUUCUACAUCUAGCUGCAAAACUGGCACCUCAAGACCAACUCAAUCUUGUGUCCGGAGCAGCUCUUCAGAUGCAACGAGAAUUAGUAUGGUUUGAGGAAGUCGAGAAGAUUGUGCAACCUCCCUUUAUAGUUAUGAAAAAUAUGCAAGGCAAGACACCUCGAGAAUUAUUCACUAGCGAGCAUAAGGAUCUAUUGCGCAAGGGAGAAUCAUGGAUGAAGGACACUGCAAAUUCAUGCAUGCUUGUUUCAACUCUUAUCGCCACUGUCGUGUUUUCAGCCGCAUUUAGCAUUCCGGGAGGUAUAAAUGAUAAUAAAGGAACACCAAAUUCCAUAAAAGAGACAGCAUUUUUAAUAUUCGCCAUAUCUGAUGGAGUAGCACUCUUUUCCUCCUCAACUGCAAUCCUCAUGUUCUUGUACAUCCUCACGUCACGGUAUGCUGAAAACGAUUUUCUCAAAUCUUUACCGUUGAAGUUGAUGAUCGGGCUUACAUCGCUCUUCGUGUCAAUAACAUCCAUGAUGGUGACUUUCAGCACAACCUUCUAUUUAUCUUGCCAUGAUGGAUUAAUAUGGGUUCCAGAUCUUAUAUUCAUAUUUGCAUUUGUUCCGGUUGCUUUGUUCGCUUUCUUACAGUAUCCUCUCUUGUUUGAUAUGUUCUUUUCGACAUAUUAUUCAAGUCUUUUGUUUCAGCCAAGGAGGCUUAUGAUUUGAUAUGUAGAACUCUCUACUGAAACCUUGCCUCCACAAUAAUGUUUAUAUAUGUAUAUAUGUUCUAGCUCAGAGUUGUGAUUAAAUAAGAAUGAUCAUCUAUAUUGACACAAA